AACACAGUAGCUCAGAGGGAAGUUAUCUGUCUUUCAAUAUUUGAUAGCACACACACCCGAGACGAUCUAAGGUUCAAUGGAGUCGGUAGACGACCUUUGCCUGUCGAGAAUAUUGUCACUCCUUGAGCUGCCCGACCAAAUUUCUAUGCUGCAGAGCUACGAACGCUGCCGUGUCUUCCUCAGUAGCCUAUGGCGUCACCGGCUUACAAGUAUCUCGUUGAACUUGCUUGAGGUACACCUGAAAGAAGAUGAUUUCGAACUCCUCUUGGGGAGCACUUGCCAACGACUGCAGGAGAUCAGGAUCAGCUACCUUGGCAGAACUCACUUUGAGGCGUUGGUCGGCCACAACUUUCCCAAACUUUGCCUGCUGCAAGUGGACUUCCUGCCUCCGUUUUUCCUAUGCCCCAGGAAAAGACUGCAGCUAGAGAACAUUUUCCCAAACUCCUUUUUCCUUGACCAUUCGCAUAAAAUAAGUCACAUGCUGCACUACCAAAACCUUAAAUCAUCGGGUGUGUGGGCAGUCAAUUUUGACCACUUCCAAAUACUUCGCGCCAUUGGCAAGGGAAGUUUCGGAAAGGUCUGUAUUGUUCAAAAGAGAGAUAGCGGCAGCCUGUACGCCAUGAAAUAUGUAAGUCGCUCUGCUUGCGAGCUUCGAGGAGCUCUUGGCGGUGUCAUAAAGGAGGUGGAAUUGCUAUCUUCACUGGAGCAUCCGUUUCUUGUCAAUUUAUGGUUCUCGUUUCAGGAUGAAGAGGACUUAUUUAUGGUUUGCGACUUGUUGACUGGCGGCGACUUAAGAUAUCAUUUACAAAACCGAGUGGAGUUCUCCGAGCAGAGUGUGGCCUUAUUAGUGUGCGAGCUUGGCAGUGCGUUGGAGUACUUGCAAACGCAACGAGUGGUUCACAGGGACAUAAAGCCCGACAAUAUUCUCUUGGACGACGCCGGACAUGCUCAUUUGACUGAUUUUAAUAUUGCAACGAAGUUGCAAAAGGAUGCAUUAGCCUGCAGCAUGUCGGGGACAAAACCGUAUAUGGCACCUGAGGUGUUUCUGUGCGCCCUGGACGAAGUGGCCGGAUAUAGCUAUCCGGUGGACUGGUGGUCACUUGGCGUCGUGGCCUAUGAGAUGCGGGGAAACAUUCGACCUUUUGUGGUGCACUCAAACACGCCCCUGGCGGAGAUCAAGAAUGUAUUAAACACCCCUGUGCACUAUCCCCGUUACUGGAGCAGCAACUUUGUCGAUCUACUGCAGAAGCUGCUCUCCACUUAUCCUGGUGCUAGAAUAAGCACAAAACAGGAGCUUCACCAGACGCCGUUGCUGCGUAACAUUGACUUCCAGAAGGUGCUCGAGAAGAAGAUAAAGCCUAUCUAUAAACCCCCUGAAGACCACCUCAACUGUGAUCCCUGCUUGGAGCUGGAGGAAAUGAUUGUCGAGACGAGGCCUCUGCAUAAAAAGAAGAAACGUCUGGCCAAACAGCGGUCAGCACAACGCGACAGCGAUCCCGAAACCUCGCUGGUCAAAGAAUUUAUAGUUUACAACCGCUACAAGGAGUUAAAGCGCAAGGCCAUGGAACAGAAAGAAAAUGAUUGGCAGCGUGAACUUGAACUGGCCAUGGCCAACUCCAUCGUAAACAGCCUGGCGCCCAUUCAGGAGAAAUCCGCCGUAAGCGUCGUGCAGGGUGCCGACUGCACGACCACAUCAUCUGCAGCCGCCCAGUCAAAGAGUGACAGCAUUGAAUUUAUUGAUCGCACUCCUUCACCACAAUUUAAACAAUUGGCUAUGGGAAAAACCCCAAUUCAAAAUUAAUAACGAAAAAACGUUUACACUGAUCGGGAAGCAACAGGUUUCAGAGUUCAAAGGCUUUUAUGCCUAUCUACCCAACAAUGACUUGAGAGCAAUCAUCCACAAAGAACCAGAAUCUAUUUUCCGAGCUGCGCUGAAUUUCACUUUUUGUACAUGUUUAUAAUAAAUUAUAAACUUUUAUAUCUGUAAGAGUAUUUUAGUUUACUGUUAAGCUCCAUUGUACAUACUGUAAAAAGAUAAAAUAAACAGAAAAACAGCAUCAUGGUCUUUUUCCUAUUUUUUUUAUUUUUAUUUCAAGUUAUAUUUCAUUCAUGUUUCACAUUUUUUGUAAUGCCUUUUUUGUAUAAAAAAAGAGUAAAUAAUUUUUAUGUUCUGCAUUGUAUAUUUGAUGUUU